GUUCCGUACUAUGCGUAUCGUUCCUCAUGUGUGUCACAUCACUUGAUAUAUUCUAUUAAUAUUUAAUCCCCUUAAAUACUCUCACGUUUGUACGUUUGGGUAUUUUAAUCGAACACUACAGGGGUCGGUUUUGAAUAAUAGUGAAAUAUGUUGAGGAAUCUGAUCUCGAUGCUUGACGACGGUUUGACUUAUUCAAAAAUCGCGGGAACAAUAAGUGCUCAGUGAAUGGAUUUUUAACCCUACCAAGCAACGGAAAAAAAUAAAAGAAAGCAAACUAAACCAAAUGGUGAUUUUUAAUAGUGUUCAUAUUAAUCUUGUGGAUUUAAAUGUCAAUUUAUUAUUGUAGAUUAUUGAUAGGUAUUAUAAUUAUUUGAUGAUUAUUGAUUUGUAGUAAUAAUUGAAGAAUUAACAUGUUGGCUAAUUAUGUUGAUUAUUUAAUAAUGACAAUCAAUGAGUUUGGACGUGAAUUGUUCAUACAUAUUUGAAUGAAAUGUUAAAUUAGCAACAAUUGUUGGGUUGAAUUUUUUAUCCUUCAUUCGAAGAUUGUAAUAAAGGGUUGGAUCCCGGAGUUAACUGCAAGUGUCAAAGCGUGGAAUGGAUUUUCAAAGCGCAAUGGAGACUUUUGCUGAGGCAUGGGUGGCUGCCAAUACUAAGUCAGACCCGGUUCAGAGCCAAGCGUUGGCAUUGACGCACAAGGCAUCACCGCCAUCACGUCCAUCAAGUGUAUCUCCUAUCCCAAGAAGCCCACAAUCUCACCAAGCUCACGCAACUCGUAGUCCUACACCAAGACCAUCCUCUGUUCAUCAUCCACAGCUACAUCAGGUCCAACAGAGCAACCUUAUCACCGCCUCCAGUAUCCAACAACAACAACCUCAGCACCAACCACCACCAUCACAACAAGUUCCGCAAUCUUUUGGUAUUCACCACAACCGUCAUUCAAAACCGGAAGUUGACUCUAGUAGUCCUAAGCCUGAAGGGUUUGAUCUCAGUAAAAAUUCAUCAGUAGCUGGGAAAAGUCCUGUACCAGUUCACUGUAUCGUUGAAGCCAUUCACAGUAUUGUUGACACCAGGACCUUAAGUGGUCGUGAAAAAUGGCCUGGUCCUCAUAUAGAAAUCGAUACUUAUGUUAUUAUUCCUGCAUCUGUUCCAUUUCAGGACCUUGUAGGAGAAGCUCUGGUGCGUCUGGGUUACCCAACAGACAUAAUACCAAGUUCUCGAGGGAGCAUAGUAGUAAAAAAUUGGAAACCACUACCCAUGGAAAAGGUGGCAGAUGAACCAACUCGUACAGUGGCUGAAAUUUUAGCAGACAUAACAACAGUGGCUACAUUAAAAAUCCAAGUUUAUAGAUCAAGACCACCACCACCAAGUCCAGCAUCAGAAGUUAGAGAUAAGCUCUUGAGGCUUUUACUCCUUCACAGCCAUGCUCUUCUGGUUUCCGCUGGUUGUCCCCUCGAUGAGAUGACAUUAUCAUCGUUAUGUCGUGGUGGAAAUGAGCUUAGUGAAGAGACACGUCGUAGCUUUGAAUCGUGGCUUCAACAGCAGCAAUUACCAGGUCUAGGACCAUCAACUAAUUCAAUAUUAACAGCCUGUGCUAAUAAUAACCGCCAAUUACAUAAUCAAAGUCCACGAUCUGAUUCUGGAGGUGUGGGACCACCCGUUCAUUCUCAUCACCCUGCAAUGCUUCCUUAUUCUCACAAGACUCGAAUGCGUACCAGCUUUGAUCCAGAAUUAGAACUACCGAGACUUCAACGAUGGUUUGCUGAGAAUCAACAUCCUUCUCGCCAACAAAUCCAGCGAUACGUUGCGGAAUUGAACUCACUAGAGUCGCGUCGUGGUAGAAAACCUCUGGAUAUCAAUAACGUUGUUUAUUGGUUCAAAAAUGCAAGGGCUGCUCAAAAGAGAGCAGAAAAUAGGGGAAUUAAUGGAUAUAGUCCUCCAGGUCUAAGUCCUAGGGGUGCCAGUAUUGUCAGUGAAGACUGUUCUGAUGAAGAAGAAGAUUCACAGCAUCAGUCAAAUUCAGAAUCUCCUUGCUUAGCGGGUAGUCCUCCAGUCGUUGGACCUCUGUCUCUAACAACCCGACCUGAGGAUCGAGUUCACAUUCCGCCUACUCCUACAUCAACAGCAACAGCGACAUCAACUCCCACAGUUAAACGUGAAGAUGAUGUUGCUACGAGAGUAUCAUCAGGCUCUGAUGAUGAAGAUUCUCCUGGUGGAGUUCCAACAACUCCUAUACCACCAGGAUUUUCUCUUGUACCAAGUCCAAUGUUUGGACAUAGUAUUAUGUACAUGUCUCACUAUCUACCAACACGUGGUGGACCAACAGGAUGUCCUGCAAGUAUGCUUGAUGAACGAAGAAAAAGGAAUCGAACGUUUAUUGAUCCUGUAACUGAAGUUCCCAGAUUGGAGAACUGGUUUGGUCAUAAUACUCAUCCCAGUCAUGCGCUUAUUUUAAAGUACACAGAGGAAUUAAAUAGGAUGCCAUAUCGUCAAAAAUUUCCACGAUUGGAGCCCAAGAAUGUGCAAUUCUGGUUUAAAAACCGUCGGGCCAAGUGCAAGCGUCUGAAGAUGGCACUCUUUGAGGGUGAAUCUCCUCAACCACACCCUUAUGCUCAUGCUGAUUAGUCUAGAGAAUACCUCUAUCACUAAAUAAUAUAAUUUAAAAAAUGAUGAAACAUAAAAAAACUUAAAGUUUGAACGAUCUGUGAAGUGAAGUGAUCGAAAUUAGAGAGAAUAUUACAUUCUCGUAGGUACCUAGUCCUACAACACUGGCAAUGGAACCGAAGGAGUUUAAAAAAAAUUGUAGUUACUAAAUAAAUAAUAUAAAUAAAAGGAUUUAAAUGAGGCUGUACCUUAACUGUAAUUACAUUAGCACCAUUCGUUAUAAUUAUUAAUGUC